AUGGCGCCCCCUUCAUCGUCGUCUGCGACAGGCGCAAGCCGGAUGCCGAGCUUUAACUUCUUGCGAACGAGGUCCUACGUCUUCCGACUGCCGCUGUUCACUCGCCUGAUCGUCUUCCUUAUUGUGCUGUUGUGGUUCCUCAGUCUGCAGUCUACCUGGGACGUCCAGGAAUGGGGGGCUUUGGUCCCGGACAAGAUUGGGUUUACGACGGCCUACAGGACGAACACGUUCCCACUCGUGCACCUCAACUUCUUCCAUGCGCUCAUAAACGUGCUGGCGCUGACGCCCCUCCUCGAGCGUUUCGAGAGCGAAUAUGGCACGCUGACCUCGCUGGCCCUCUUCUUUGGGCCUCUAUCCACCUUCCCGGCACUUUUAUACGUGUUCAUCGAGCGGGGGAUCUUGAGGAGUAAUACGGCUGUGAUGGGCGCUAGGUUUGUGAACAUCGUUGCUAGCGAAGACACAAAGACGAGCAUUGCUAACGAGCUUGGCAACAACAGUAUCUGGGUGUUCCUCCUCCUGGGGAUGGAGGCCAUCCGGACAUACCGCACGAAUCCCCACCUGGUCAUCGCUACAUACCACAUCCCGACCUGGACGACGCCGCUCAUGCUCCUCCUUGUCCUUUCGGCCCUUGUUCCACAAACCAGUCUCCUCGGGCAUCUCUGUGGGCUGGCAUUUGGCUACCUCGGUAAGUUCACACCGGCCCUGUUCUUGACGGUUGGGCGUGACGACUUAUCAUGGCAAACAGCUGGCAUGGGUUACAUGAAGUUUGUGGCACCACCCGAGUGGGCGCUGCGGUGGAUCGAGGGCAAGCUGAACUUGCUGGGACGGCUGCCGCACUACGUCAGCGUGGACCAGAAGACGUACGGCCGGUUCGGCGUGCUUCCGUCUUCGGGCGGUUCUGCCGGCGGCUCAGGUGUGCCGCUGGGAUAUGUUGGAUCUACACAGAGGUUAGGGCCUUGA